GUAAAACACUAAAAUUUUUCCAUUUAAACACGAUUAAAAUCGAACAGCCCAACAUCACGAACCACGUGAAUAAAUCAGUGGUCGUAAUUUGUAAUAAGCAACGCAUCGAGUUACAGCACUUCUACAUAAAAAACUGUGUUAAUUAUUAACGAGCAGGCAUUUGCCCACAUUUAAAUGAGCCCCAUUGCAUCCUCAUAGACACAGCCCCGUGCAAUUUGUUGCGAGGACUCAUAAAAUAAAAUAUCCAUACAAGUUAGCGUAAGUUUGUCGUCCAGCGACAUGCAGUAAUCGUUUUUGGUGUGAACUGGUUCAUCAAUGAGUUGAAUCCUAAUUACUAACUGACUAAUUUUGAACAAUUUAAUACUUUCAAUUCGAUAAAUAUGGCAAGUUUUGCGGCACAGGCAGCAUUGAGGGCGAAAUGGAGCUCCUUAGUGGAGGAACACAGUAUUGAAGUGCCUCCUGAAGUCACAAGUAAAGUAACAAGCGUUGUUGGAUGGUUGAAACAGGCUUCUCUGGAGGUAAGAGCUGCGGGUAGAAGAGCGGUGAACACAUUGUCCGGCUCCGCGAUGUCACAGAAUCUCGUUAUUUUACAUUUCAACGACGUUUAUAAUGUCGAAUCGCGGCCCAAACCAGAACCGGUCGGUGGUGCAGCAAGAUUUUGCACUGCGAUUAAAAGUUUUCAGCAUCUCCAACCACUCAUACUGUUUAGUGGUGAUGCAUUUUCCCCCAGCAUGCUAAGCACGUUUACCAAAGGAGAACAAAUGGUCCCAGUCCUCAACGAAAUAGGUACCCACUGUGCUGUCCUCGGGAAUCACGAUUUUGACCAUGGUUUAGAGGUGCUAUCGCAAUGGGUCACCCAGUCAGAUUUUCCUUGGCUUAUGUCCAACGUUUUGGACAACGAAACUGGUCGACCACUCGGUGAAGGCCGAAUAACACACGUUGUUCAUUGGGCCGGUCACAGAGUAGGUUUAAUAGGUCUGGUGGAAAAGGAGUGGUUAGACACCUUAGCAACAAUUAAUCCUGAAGAGGUCACGUUCCUGGAUUUCGUGGAAGCUGGUCAAAAGCUUGCGGCUCAACUGAAACAAGAAGGGUGCGAUUAUGUUAUAGCCUUAACUCACAUGCGAACGCCUAAUGAUGUGAAACUGGCGGAAAACACGGAGGACAUAGAUUUAAUUCUUGGAGGACAUGAUCAUGUAUACGAGAUUAGAAAGGUUAAUGAAAAGUAUGUGAUAAAAAGCGGCACGGACUUUAGACAGUUCAGUAAAAUUGUUAUUAAUUUUGAAAAACCCGGAAUACCAGAAGUAUUAAUUGAAGAAGUUAAUGUGACUUCCCAGUUUCCAGAAGAUGUCAAACUUAAGGAAAAACUGGAAAAGUAUACGAGUAUUGUAGAAGGAAAGAUGGACGAAGUGUUGGGUUGUUUUUCUGUUCCCCUCGAUGGGAGGUUCACAUCAAUUAGAACUGCCGAAUCAAAUUUAGGAAAUUGGGUUUGCGAUGUGGUCUUGGCAGCAACUGGUGCUGAUUUAGUUAUAUUAAAUUCAGGGACUUUUAGAUCAGACCAAGUUCACCCGGCUGGAGACUUUACGAUGCGUGAUUUAACAAAUAUUAUUCCAAUGAGAGAUCCUUUAGUUGUUCUGAAAGUUACAGGUCAACAGUUAUUGGAAACAUUAGAAAAUGGAGUAUGUAUGUAUCCCAAACUUGAGGGUAGAUUUCCUCAAGUGGCAGGCGUAAGUUUUGCCUUUGACCCCAGUAAACCUCAAGGCAAAAAGGUUGAUCCAAAUUUGGUUAGAAUUGGUGAUGAAUACCUAAAAUUAGAUCAACAUUAUCAUCUAGCAACUAAGAACUAUAUGCAUUCUGGAUGCGACGGUUAUUCUAUGCUAAAAGAUGCGGAAAUAUUAAUGGGUGAAGACGCUUGUCCAGAAUUAGGUCUAGCAAUUACCAAUCAUUUCCAAGCUAUCAACAUAAGACUUGGAAAAACUAAGAAACAUUCUAAACAUAGACAAUCUCUAGUGACACUUUCCAGAAGACAUAGUUUGGUAAAAAUGUUAGAUGGUAAUGAAUUGGAUGGACCCCCUCCGUUACGCCGAGCCAGCACUAUAGAAACUUCUUCCAGUCCGCCGAUGCAUCAUUCCUCAAGGCUUACACGUAGAGCCUCACUUGAUGACCUCGAACAAGAAUCGUGUCAAUUAACUCCGAAAAUAGAUCAUCGAAUUAUUAUUAUCACCAGCGAAGAUAAAUAUAACGAACUGGUGUUGCAACGUCAAAGGAUAGAACAAGACUCGAUUAUAGAGGAAGUGGACGAAUAUUCUCCACAAAGUUAAUUAUAUGGCGAAUGAAGAAAAAUUCAAUUUUUACAUUUUAAUAAUUACUCAUUCAUAUUCAGUAUUUGUUUAUAAUCAUAAUACAACAAAUAUUUAAACAAUCAAAUACAUUUUAAAUUUCUUAUAACUGUUAAAAAUGAAUUUUUCUCAAACUAAUACAUUGUUUUUAAUGUUUGACAUAAAAUAAUUUCAACCUAGUUAACUAUCGUUAAGCCUUUUAAAGAACACCAACAAAGUAAUCAAGAAGUUUAAGGUGGUACCAUAUUGAUUUAUUAUCAAUUGCUGUUGCUUAUAUGUGUAGAGACAUGUGUCGAAUUAUUUCCUAGGAAAUAAUGUUGUUGCCUCAAUUGGUAGAAAAUAAUUUUAAAAACUGUUAAUGUUUUUGUCUAUUUCUACUCUGUACUUUGAUUAUAUUCAUAUAUAAGAGUUGUAAUUAAGGUGUGCUCAAGUAUAUCAUUUGCAAUUAUUGUAGUAUGUACAGUACCACCUUAAGAAGUGAUUUUAUCAAAAAUCUAAGGAUUUUUGUACAUGAACAUUCCACAACGAACUUGUUACUUACGGAACUUUCAUAACUUAUGCUGAAGUGUAUCUAUUGCUACAUAAUUAUGUACACGUCCGAUACAGUUCAGUGUCCAAGUUACACUUGAACUGAAUUUUAAUCAAUUAAAAAUUUAGUACAAAUCACUGAGAUUAAAAUCGAACAAAGCCUUCUCAACUAAGAUAGUAGCUUACUAAAAAUGUUUGUAAUAUACUGUAAAUUAUGCAUUACUAUUCUUCCAAUAAUAAGUGUUCUAGCGUGAAAGCACUUUUAUAUAUAACGCACCAAAACUAUUCCAUGUACCAAUGAUAAAAAAUCGAAGCACCAACUUUUGACUAAAUCUGAAAUUUACCGUUAUGUUUGUUUACGUAAUCCUAAUUUAAAAGUUAGCUUCUGUGUGAUAUAUGAAAAUUAUGUGCUGCUAUUUUUCCACAUUGGUUUAGUGAGUGCUUUUUACCGAUGGUAACAAUGGUAGUAUAGUGAAUGCACAGUUAUUUAAAAUCUGUAUAAGAGUAUAAUCUGUGACAGGUAGUAAAGAUAAAUGUUUGUCAAUUAA